AUAUAGUCCGUCUCUACCGUUGAUUCUAUAAAGAAGUGCUCCUCGGGACGUUGGUGGGGAAUGGAAUGCCCUAAUUUUCAAAAAUGUUUUCAAUUUUUAUUCUGUGUAUAAAUCAUCUGUUUUGGCAUUCCUCAUAUCGAGGAAUUAUGAGCGAGUAGUCUUUUCAUGGCGUUCAACCUGUCGGCAGUAAUUCUUUUGUGGUAUAUUUAAUUUUGUUGAAUCGUAACGAGGCAGGGAAGAGCGUAGAUUUUGUGUCAGUAAAAGAAAACAGGGUCGAUAGUUUUAAAAAAGAUGUUAGAGGCUCCCUCGCUGGUUUGUUGAUGAUAUUGAUAAUGAUGAUUAUGCGGCUGAUGAUAGUGAUGGCUAUUGUUGGUGACAGUGGUAGGAGAAAGGAAGUGCGGUAGUGUUGUUACCGUCAAUACUGCUGAUAUUCACUGUUGUUGUUGAUGAUGAUUAGUCCAGGGUCGAUAAAAUGCGUACCAGCUGAGCAUUGGGGUCGAUGUAAUCGACUAUCCCCCUCCUCCAAAAUUUCAGGCCUUGUGCCUAUGGUAGAAAGGAUGCUCGUGCCGACAUACCUUGGUCGGCGCGUAACAAAAAUAAACCUAGAUCAAGUGCCGCCAGAACUGAACAUCUCCUGGCUAGUAGCAGCUGUACUCUUCGACAUUGAAGAGACUGCCACUAUUCUGGAGGUGCAUAGAAUGAAAGAGAAAAACUGGUCGGGUAUGGGAAUGCAACUCCUUGUUCAAAUUGAACAAGAUAGCAUAAAUGCCAUACCCGACGCAAUAAACUUGCCGGAUGGCAGUAGGAUACACGUUGCUGUAGAGGGGCACAGACCAAAGUGCUACCUCUGCAGCAGCGAACAACAUCUAAAAAAAGACUGCCCCUUCAACAAGCAAAGAUUGGAGGCAGACAAAAAAAGAAAAUUCCUGCAGCAGCACCAACAACAACAACAACCAAAAGCCUCCACACCACCAACACCAUCACCACCAACACCACGAAAAGCAACACCACCAUCUCCAGCCAUCACCAAACCAACACCAGCACCAACACCAAGAACCUCCACACCAAAGAAGAAAACAACAGAACCAACAACAACAGAACCAGCAACAACAACAACAACAGAAAUUGUAAAAGAAUUUUCGCCAGACCCUAAGGACAUUCCCUUUCUAUAUCAGAUCAGCUCGGAUUGUGUGAGCACUGAUAGUGAGAAAGGGGAGUGGCACACUGUGCCACCAAAGAAAAAACGGAGAAGUAAAACAAAAGAAACAAGUGACAAAGAGGGGAGGCGCGAAAAAGGUGAGCUUCCCAACAUCAUCAUCAACAACAACAACAACACACACUCCCAACAAAUAGCAACACCUUCUCCACCGCAAACACCAGCAUUCACACACGCCACAAACGUAACGGCUAUUAACACCAAAAAUGAACAUCUACUAAACUUUUUAAAAAACAGUACAAAUACAAAUAUCUCAAACUUCAAUAUACCCCUACACAACACACCACCAGCACACAUACUCACACCAAAGAUAAGCGAAGAAAACUACAAUAAAAUAAAAGAAAAGUUUCCGAAUGAUGUUGGGUCGCCAGGGAGAAGUUUCUCCCAAAAACUUUAUCGAAAAUUAGUGGAAGCACCUACACGAAACAUAGGGGAGCCACCCCACCAGAAAACAAUCAUGCCUCAAUGAGGAAGGAAGAACACACCUGGUUGGUCUACAUAUAGUGGGAAGAGUGUGCAGCUAAGGAGAGCCAAAGAAGGUAAGCAAGAUAGUGGUGAACACCAACAACAAGAUUGGGACAGGCAUGGAAAUAGAAAGAUUGAUGAGACUGAUAAAGGAAGGGCUGAGCAUCUGGCAGAAUAGAGGGAAAGAGACAGAAGCAAGAGAGAUCAAGAAUUUGAAACUCGGAGAGCUGAGCAUCUGGUGGAACAGAGGAAAAGAGACAAAAGCAGGAAAGAUCAUGAAUUGGAUGCUUGAAACACAAACUUGUAAACCAGACCUAUGAUGACACAAAUGAACUGAAAUAUUUAAAUGAAUCAUCAUAAAAUUGACUUUAAUUUCAAUGCAAUGUUGAAAUCAGCUUUUAUGUUUUAUAACUUGAACUGUCAGUGACCCAGUGGGUCAUGGGUAGUCUAGUUAUAAAUGUGAAAUGGCGGAAUCAUUAGAAUGUUGGAUAGAAUGCCUUGUAGUGUUUGUCUUGAAAUUCUGUAUUCUAAGUUCAAAUCCUGCCAAGGUUGACUUUGCCUUCUAUUCUGUCAAGCUUGGCACAAGAAGUUUCAGGCCAGUACCAGGAUUUUUCCUCCUCCAUCAUCAUCAUCAUUCAAGCCUGAAGAAUAAUAAGGUCUGCCAGGUUUAAGAUGCCCAAGCCAGCCCAUAUAUCUUGAAGGCAUCCUUACAACUCCAUCAUCAAUUGAGAGUCAUCCAUCCAUAUAUAUAUGGAUGUGUGUAUGUAUGCAUAUAUGUUGUCACUUCACCCUGAGUAUUAAUAUAUAUAAGCCAGUACAACCUGUUACAUGGUCAGGUUAUCGGCAAUUAAAUUAGCACUUCACCACCCAGUAGCUUAUCUGGUGAGCAGGGCUGAAAGAUACUCAGCAGGACAAAAUCAAUAUCUGUCAAAAGGAUGGAUCGACCCAGCAUUGGGUCUAUGUAUUAAGCAAAUAAUGUUGGUGGAUGUAUAUUUGAGAGGUGAAAUGACACACAGUAAGACAACUUUGGGUAUGAUGAGCUCUUAAAGCUUUCAGUAAUGGCAACAGAUAGCUUAAAUGCAUUACACACACACAUACAUUUGCAUGUAUGUGUGUAUGUUUGUACUCCAUGAGUCCUUGCAUUAUACUGCUUGAGCUGAACAGUGAUGUGUUUACAUUCCUGAUAAACAAUGCCUCUUGUCGCUCUGUGGUUCUGAAGACCAUCAGAAUAAAAAGUUCCUAAUUUGAAAAAAACAAAUAAGGGUUGGCAUCAAGAAAAGCAUCUAGCUGUAAAAAUGGUUCUUCAAUGAAUCUUCCUACAAGCCAUGCCAGCAUGGGAGAGUGGACAGAAAGUAAAUGAUGUGAAAGGUAUUUGAGGGCAUACAUGGUAAAUUAAUAAGACUGCUCUAAUGUAGAAUAUACUAAAUAUAUUUAAUAAAAAUUUGUGCAUAAGCUUUCUUAUAUUAUUCUAUGAAUUGACCUCAAGCUGUGAUGACUGCUUCAGUGUAGGGCCAGAAUCAUUGAUAUGCCUGUACUAAAUAGUCUCUAUUAAUUUUAGUCAUCAUCUGGACAAUGGCAGCCUUCAGGAGAAACUACGGUAUUAUGAGGAUGGUGAUUAGUCUCCAUUCAACAACACUCCAAACAUAGUAGUCCAUGGGAUUUAAAUGUGGUAAAUUUGGAGGUUAUAAAGUGUGGUGUUACAUGAUCAUAAAGAUUGUUUGACAUCCAUUCUUGGGUUGCAUGGGCUCUUCUAUGUACUUAAUCCAUUCA